UGUACCUUUGCAGUACCUCUGACCCCACACCCGAAUAGGCUUUCGAGAGGUGUGGCGGGUGCACUCAGUAGCAACGCUGCACGCCCGACAUCGACGGAGCUCUCAAACAAACAGCUAUUACAUUGAAUGAAAUUCGCAAAAAGGUGGCAUCCAGCUUCUCAGUUCCCUGGGCAAGAGGAUGGUGCUGGCUGGCGUGCUGCUUUCCUCUGCCCUCGCCCUGUUCGGAUGUACCUUCACUCUUGGCAUGCGCUACAACAAAGACCAAGCACAGAGCCCGUGCCUGACCAAGGCCUGUUUCACGGUGGCCAGUAAGAUCGUAGAGGGCCUGGACCGCAGCGCUGACCCCUGCCAGGACUUCUACCAGUACGCCUGCGGGGGUUGGGUCCGCAAGAACCCUCUCCCCGACGGACGCUCUGGUUGGAGCACCUUCAACAGCGUCUGGGACCAGAACCAGGCUGUCCUCAAACACCUGCUGGAGAAUGUCACUUUCAACUCCAGCAGCGCGGCGGAGAAGAAGACGCAGUUCUACUAUCUGUCCUGUCUCAAUGAGCAGCACAUUGAGGAGCUGGGAGCCACGCCCCUUAUUGACCUCAUCACAAAGACAGGGGGCUGGAGCAUCACUGGGCCCUGGGAGAAGGACAACUUCAUGGAGGUGCUGAAGACCGUGUCGGGCCCCUACCGCGCCCAUCCCUUCUUCACAGUCAGAGUCCGUGUGGACCCCAAGAAUUCCAAUAGCAACGUCAUCCAGGUGGGCCAAUCAGGGUUGUUCCUCCCCCCGCGGGACUAUGACGGCAACACAGCCAAUGAAAAGGCGUAUCUGGAUUACAUGGUGGAGCUGGGCCUGCUGUUGGGAGGGGAUAAGAACUCCACGCAGAGCCAGAUGCAGCAGAUCCUGGACUUUGAGACAACGCUCGCCAACAUCACCAUAUCUCAGGACAAAUGCUGCGACAAGGAGAAGAUCUACCACAAGAUCACCAUCGCCGAGCUGCAGCUGCUGGCUCCGGCGGUGGACUGGCUGGACUACCUGUCCUUGGUCCUGUCCCCUCUGGACCUGAAUGACACGGAGCCCGUGGUGCUCUAUGCCAAGGAGUUCCUGCAGCAGGUGUCUGACCUGAUCAACAAGACUGAUCGCAGCCUGCUCAACAACUACAUGAUCUGGAACCUGGUGCAGAAGGGAGCGUCCAGUCUGGACCAGCGCUUUGAGAGCGCCCAGGACAAGCUGCUAGAGAGCCUGUAUGGAACCAAGAAGCCCCGCACACCUCGAUGGCAGACCUGUAUUGGGAACACAGAUGACACGCUCGGCUUCGCCCUGGGAGCGCUCUUUGUAAAAGCGACGUUUGAUAAACACAGCAAAAAGAUUGUAGAGGGGAUGAUCAAUGAGAUCCGUACUGCAUUCAAAGAUGCUCUGGAUCACAUCAAGUGGAUGGACAAACAGACGCGGACGGCAGCCAAAGACAAGGCGGACACCAUCUACAACAUGAUUGGAUUCCCUGACUUUAUCCUGGACCCCAAAGAACUGGAUGAUGUUUACGACGGGUAUGACGUCUCAGAAGACAACUUUUUCCAGAACACGCUCAACUUCUAUAACUUCUCCGCCAGGGUGAUGGCCGAUCAUCUCCGCAAGCCACCCAACAGUGACCAAUGGAGUAUGACCCCUCUCACAGUCAACGCCUACUACAUGCCCAACAAGAAUGGGAUUGUCUUCCCAGCUGGAAUCCUUCAGGCACCCUUUUACGCCCAGCAUCACCCCAAAGCACUGAACUUCGGGGGGAUCGGAGUGGUGAUGGGACAUGAACUCACUCAUGCCUUUGGUGUCCAGGGCAGGGAAUACGACAAAGAUGGGAACCUUCGGCCAUGGUGGCAAAAUUCCUCUGUGGACGCAUUUAAGAAUCGCACGGAAUGCAUGGUAGAGCAGUACAAUGGGUUUACCAUCAAUGGGACGCAUAUAAAUGGCAAGCAGACGCUGGAAGAGAACAUUGCUGACAACGGCGGCCUAAAGGCAGCCUAUAAUGCGUACCAAUCAUGGGUGCAGGAGAACGGUGAGGAGAAGAGGCUGCCGGCGGUCAACCUGACCAAUGACCAACUGUUCUUUGUGGGAUUCGCCCAGGUGUGGUGUUCCGUGCGAACCCCAGAGAGUGCCCACCAGGGACUCAUGACAGACCUCCACAGCCCCCCAAAGUACCGCGUCAUCGGCACCCUCUCCAACUCGCCAGCCUUUGCAGAGCACUUCCAGUGCCCCACUGGCUCCCCGAUGAACACUGGUCACCGCUGCACAGUGUGGUAGGGCCUGGCAAAACCACAGGGGGGCGCUGUCUGUGGAGUCUGCAUGGAGAACCAAGAGGAGGAGUUGAUCUCUGCAUUGGACCUUUUUUUCUAUUUGUAUUCUUUGUACAUAAUGAUGGACUACUAAGUGGUGAGUAGAGCAGCACAGACUCCAGGUUAGCGAGAGGGAGGCGUGUUGAGAGAAAAGUUGUCGUCUGCUGAUGCAUGUGUAAUUCCAGAGCCCUCUUUUGACUGAGGGAUCUCCCUGAAACCACUAUGACCUCACAGGAAGUGGUCAUCACCCUCUGACCUCGCAGGAAGUGCAGGAACUUCACUCUGACAUCCCAUGAUGGAGGUUCAGGUGCCUUUGUGACCUCACAGGAAAUGCAGAACCGUCGCUGUGUUUGGACAUUGCACAUGGUUUCAUCUCGAUUGACAUCUAUAUUCCCUAUAUAGUAUACACAAAUGUACUAUUAGGGCCGGGAUGACACCAGUAUUUCAAUACUCGUUAAUAUUGUGGCAAGGAAACAAAACACAAAGCGGAUUUAACUUCUUUAGGGAAACAGCCCUGAUGGAAACAAACAUCAUUAUGUUAUCCAGAGUGAAAUGUUUUUAUUUUCCAAGCUAUAGCGCACAAUAUUUUACAUACAGAUUGGUUUUAAAGGACCAAAGAGUUGGGUCUGUUUUGUGUUUUCAUUUUUGCCAGUAUCGUCCCGGCCCUAUGCAGUAUAUGUGUGGCUCUGGUAAAUAGUAGUUCCCUAUAUGGGGUGUCAUUUAAAUAGGGUGUAAUUUGAGAUGGAGCCAUAUACUCGCUUCUCCUUUUUCUCAUUGAACUAUGCUACUGUUUUCUAUGACUCUCCAGACUGCCAGUCUGCAGAGCCAUAGAAAGAGAACUCAGCUGUUCAAUUUCACAACAAUAACGAACACCAUGAUGAUGCAUUCGGCUAGUUCAUUAUAACGGUCUCGUUCGGCACAUUUUGUGAAAUCAAAUAUCUAACAGAGUUCUAAAUGUGUUGUGUACAAUAGACAUAGCUAACUAUCUGAGCGUUGUGCCCAUAGAAAUGCAGUGAGCUCCAAAACAGUGAAAUAGUUUUGGUUGUUUUGGCUCUGUACUUCAGCACUUUGGAUUCGAAAUGACACAAUGACUGUGCCUUACGUCUGUCAGCUUUAAUUUGAGGGUGUUUUCAUCCAUGUCGGAUGAACCGUUUAGAAAUUACAACACUUUUUGUACGUAGUCCCUCAAUUUUAGGAGACCAAAGGUAUUGGGACAAAUUCUCUUGUGUAUUAAAGUAGAAAAAAAUGAAGUAUUUGGUCUCUCAUUCAUACGAUGACUACAUCAAGCUUGUGAUUCUACAAACUUGUUGGAUGCAUUUGCUGUUUUUGUUGUGUUUCAGAUUAUUUUGUGCUCAAUAGAAAUUAAUGGAAAUUUGUGCGUCUAACUUUCUCACAAAUCAUUAUUCACGAUUCAUUCAGGACUAUCUGUAUUCUGUAAUUGUGGAAGCACCCACAUUAAUGUAGAAUUGUUUAGAAACACAUAUUCUUAUUUAUAGUAAAAGUGACUCCAAAAUGACACAACAUACAUUAUUUACCCUAAAUUUAUAUUGGCCACAAAAUAAUCUGAAAUGCAACCAAAACAAACAGCAAAUGCAUCCAUCAAGCUUUUAGAGUCACAAUCUUGAUGUAGUCAAUGUGUGCUGUGAAUAUGGGACCAAAUACUUCUCCCAAUACUUUUGGUCUCCUAAAAUUGGGGUACAAUAAGUGCUGUAAUUUCUAAACGGUUCACCCGAUAUGGUUGACAAUACCCUCAAAUUAAAGUUGAGGGUCUGCACUUUAUCCUCAUUCAAAUCAGAAGUGCUGGCAUAGAGCCAAAACAACAAAGAAGGUGUCACUGUCCCAAUACUUUUGGAGCUCGCUGUAGAUAGAGGACUCGUCUUUGUAUCUGUGCCAUUAUCGCAUCUGUGACAGCUUUGGAAGCAUCUCCAUUUUGAAGUGGUCACUUUUCUUCUUCACGAUUGGCUGAUGACCCAGUUGGACAUGACUCCGACAGGGUCACUAGGAAGGAUCACCAAUGAAGUUGGAAGCCCCACCAAGUUGACUACAUUAAAAUGGUGGAAGCCCUCAAUGGUGCUACCCAUGCUAAUAUGGCCAUUUGACCAGAAGUGUGAAAAGGGUAUGACAGCCUGGCGAGAGCGAUAUCAUUUAUCUUACUUACUUAGUCCUUUUCAUUCCUAUGUGGAACAUGCUUCAUCAAGAAAAGUCCACCUCUACAAGCUACUGGCUUAGCGGAACAACAUUUGUGGGAGAUAAUUGAAAAGUCAGCAUAACUUAACUUUAGAGACUUUUAAGGCACAUUGUUGAGCUCUGAUUAGUAGAAACCGGGCUGAUUAACUAAACACCAGGGUUGUGUUCAUUGGGUCAUGCAACAGAAAAAGUUUAAUAAAAUGUUUUACAACUGAAAA